AGUGCUGCGCAUGCGUAGUUCAGAGCGCCGCUUAGCGGUCUGUGUGUGCCAUAUUGUCACUGAGACAGCAAAAAAAAACCUGUAUCUCAGAAAGAGAUUUAAAACAUAAAUAAUAAAUAAGCUGCCCGGACGCUGGGGUGGAUAUUUCUCAUCACCGCUUACGGGUCAUCUGAGAGUAUUUAGGCAUGUCACGGCCUUGACACAAUCCCCUUUCUCUCUGAAGUCUCCAUCUCUUUCUGUGCCAAGCUGUCAGAUAUGUCUGGUCCAGUGCAGAGCCGAGCUCGGGUUUACACCGAAGUAAACACACACCGGCCCCGAGAAUACUGGGAUUACGAAUCUCAUGUGGUGGACUGGGGAAAUCAGGAUGAUUUCCAGCUCGUGCGGAAGCUCGGGCGCGGAAAAUACAGCGAAGUGUUCGAGGCAGUUAACAUCACCAACAAUGAGAAAGUGGUGGUAAAAAUCCUGAAGCCUGUGAAAAAGAAGAAAAUAAAGCGCGAGAUAAAGAUCCUGGAGAACCUGCGAGGAGGUCCAAACAUCAUCUCACUCAUAGACAUUGUAAAAGAUCCGGUGUCUCGAACUCCUGCCUUGGUUUUUGAGCAUGUUAACAACACAGACUUUAAGCAACUCUAUCAGACCCUGACAGACUACGACAUCCGGUUCUACAUGUUUGAAAUCUUGAAGGCUCUUGAUUACUGCCACAGUAUGGGAAUCAUGCACCGAGACGUCAAACCUCACAAUGUCAUGAUCGACCACGAACACAGGAAGUUGCGCCUUAUUGAUUGGGGUCUGGCGGAGUUCUAUCACCCGGGGCAGGAGUACAACGUCCGAGUCGCCUCGCGUUACUUCAAAGGACCAGAGCUUCUUGUUGACUAUCAGAUGUACGAUUACAGUCUGGACAUGUGGAGUCUAGGCUGCAUGCUCGCCAGCAUGAUCUUCAGGAAGGAGCCUUUCUUCCAUGGCCAUGACAACUACGACCAGCUGGUGAGAAUAGCUAAAGUCCUGGGAACCGAAGACCUCUACGAUUACAUCGACAAAUACAACAUCGAGCUGGAGCCUCGCUUCAAUGACAUCCUGGGAAGACAUUCCCGUAAACGAUGGGAGCGCUUCGUACACAGUGAGAACCAGCACCUGGUGAGUCCCGAGGCUUUGGACUUCCUGGAUAAACUUCUGCGAUACGAUCAUCAGGCACGGCUGACGGCUCGGGAGGCCAUGGAGCAUCCCUACUUCUACCCUGUGGUGAAGGAUCAGUCUCGCAUGGUGGGUUCCUCUAACGUUCCAGCUCUGAACACCGCAGUGAGCACCGCCAGUCUGAUCACCGGGAUCGCCGCUCUCCCCGCCUCCACAGCUCUCGGCCCGCUGGCCGGCUCACCCGUCCUCUCAGCUGCCAACAACCUCAGCGCCGUCGUGCCCGCCACCGCCGGCGCCACUCAGUGAUGCUGAGGGCUGGAUGAUCUCCGAUCUUUUCGGUUCAGCCUGCAGGGGAAGAUGGAUGGGGGACAGAGAAUCCUUCUGUUUACCCCGCCCCCUGCUCUUCCUGACUCCGCCCCCUUUCCCUCUCCUAAUUAAGUUAAACAAACUCUUGACUUGUUUAACAGUUUACCUGAACCAUACGGACUAUAGUGUGUGUGUGUGUGUGUGUGUGUGUGUGUGUGUGUGUGUGUGUGUGUGUGCGCGGUUGAGUGAUUUUAAGCACAUUUUGUCCUCAUGUUAGAUAAGUGUUGGUUUAUGAUUAGCUCGACGCUAUAAUCUCAUUCAGCUAAUCACAAAUCAGCUCCUGUUUUUUUUUUCACUGACUCGGAGACUCACUGACUUUUUUUUAUGUAUUAUCGCAGUUCCACUGGAUUGGUUGCAGAGUAGAAGCAUAAACUCGCAACAAGCUCAUAACCGAAUCGUCCGUUUGUUUGUUUUUGUUUUUUUUCUCCAUAAUAAAUAACGAUUAUGCAAAAAAAAACCCUCUAAUCCAGCAUGUUGUUUGUUUUCCCAGGUUAUCUGCUCCGUGUCGGUGUAAAAGCUUUAGUCCUGUGUGUCUGUAGAGUUUUACUCAUACUGGUGCUGUUAGAACACUCCUCGUCCUCGUGAGCGUAACACGCGCCGGUGCGUUAAACGACACGACGCCUGCGUUCACGUGCUGCAGAAACGUCACGACUUCGCCACGUGAUGAGCUGGAAGCGAAAUGACUCGGCAAUAUCACCUUAUUCUCCUGUUUACUUUCCAAAACCUGCUGCUAUUCUCUUCAGACUCGAUCUUUAGAGGAUUCCAUUCUUCAGAUAUACGUUUUUUUUUGUUGUUUUUUUUUUACUGACAGGAUUUUUUUUUUUUUUUUUCUAAUUACAUUUCAACCCAAAAGUAUUAAUUCUGUGUCGUUAACUCCUCCUCUUCUCAGCCGGGCCAAGCUUCACUCUGAUUGGUCUAUGGAGAGAACCGGCGGACCAAUCGGAAGGCAGUUUUUGGAUCGUAAUCACCAGACGUGUGGUUUAACUCCGGUACACACGCCUGCUUACAGAGAGACUCUCCAGACUUACACUUAUGUUCCAAGUGCAGAUGAUUUUCACCAUGAUGCACUUUUGUAAAUUACAGCCAAUGGGGGGGAAAAAUCCAGAUAUCGUGUAAGUUGUGUAGAAAAGAAUGGUUGUGUAGAUAGUGUGUAAAAUAAAGGUGUGACACGCUCAGUGACGUCACACACCAAAGUCCUGAAAGCUUCCUAAUAGUCAUCAGACCCUUAACUCCUCGCUCGGAUGUUUCAGAAACGUGCUACAAGACGACAGAAUCGCUCUGAACACGUGACCCACAUCACCCCAGGGAGUCCGUGUUCUUUCACGUAUUGUGAUUUUUUUUUUCUGUCGCUCCUCCAAGGAUUUUAACUCCUCUAAAGAUUAUAACAAUCUUUUACAUGAGUUUAUGUUUUUAUUUAAGUUCCUGGUGUUUUUCCAUGAUGUAAAUCUGAUGCUCUCCCUCUCUCUCUCCCUCUCUCUCUCUCUCUCCCUCUCUCUCUCUCUCUCUCUCACACACACACUUGUACAUACGUCUCUGUCCUCAUCUAGUAUAAUUAGUAUUUCAAGAUAUUUGUGUAAAUAAACGUCUUUUAUUUAU